AUGACUGGAGCGAGUUUAAAUUGUGCAACUAUUGAUGCUCGAACUUCUUGUGGUGAAGGUGGCUCUGGUCCCUCUGAGAAAACCGAGGUUCGGAGUGUGCUUGCCUUCUUCGUGAAUGGCAAUGCAGAGGAGAUUGUGUACGACCCUACUCGAACAGUUGGUGACGUUGUAAAGAGCUUGUCCAACAAAAUCAACAAAGAUGAGAUUUCUGAUCUUGGGUUGUAUAUUGAUCGACACUGCAUGUUCAUCAACAGCAGUUCAGAGUUGCCAAACGUAUACCCAUAUGGAAGCACUGCGACAGGAAGCGUCUGCCAGGGCAUGCGCUUUGAUGGGGGAGUUGGAAGAGAGUUAGCGGAGUGGUGCACGCUUGAGGAGGUACAGGAGGAGGCGAUUAGGGUGCAAAAGGAAGCAGAGGAACGAUUGCAUGCAGCAAAGACAGAGAUGGAGCGGGACUACAUCAAAGCCGAGUUGAAAUUGAGCAAGAAGACCAUUGCCGCUCAGGACGAGCUGGCUGGCGUUCAGAAGGAGCUGAAUGAUGCGAAGCGUAUGAUACAAGAGCACGCUUUAGAAGCGCAGAUGAAGACGGAGGAAGAAAACAACAUGCAUUGUGGUGCAUGUAAUUUUCAACCUCUCCCACAUUCCCACAAAUUGCAGGUGCAACGUCUUCAAGCUGAGUUGUCAGCUUCGAAGGAAGAUGCUGCAAAGUACAUGGCACAGAAAGAAGCAUUGGAGGAGCUCGUCAAACAGAGGGGAGCAACAGCAGCUGCAUCUAUGGAAGAGAUAGGAGGCGAACAGAUGGCGGUGGAGUUACGGAAGGCAUACACGAGGGUGGACGAGCUGCAAGCAUCAGAGACGGCAUUGAAAACUCGGGUGAAGGACUUGGAGCAGCAGUUCUUGGAGGAGCGCGACCGUCGACAACGGCUGCAUAACGAGGUGGAAGACUUAAAGGGCGGCAUCCGUGCAAUCGCACGAUGCCGCCCGUUACAAAAGGGCCACACGGGGGUGCUUACAUGCCGGGACAAGCACACCGUGUUGCAUCGGUCUCGUGAUGGAACGAUUCCAAAGUAUUCGUUCUACCACGUGUACGGUCCGGACGAUCCACAGACGAAGGUCUUCGAGAGCAUCGAGGGCUUUAUUCAAUCAGCUUGUGACGGUUACAACGUAUGCAUAUUUGCAUACGGACAGACCGGAAGUGGGAAGACGUACACCAUGAUUGGGAGUAAGGAGGAACCUGGCAUGAUUCCACUUGGGGUUCAAAAGGUCUUCAGUGUGAUAGAAGGCAACCCUCGAGACUUGAUCACCGCGGUGCAUGUGUACAUGCUGGAGGUGUACCAGGACAAGGUACGGGACCUGCUGGAUCCAACUUUGAAGACCGUCGAGGUUUCACUGCAAGGCCCGAGGACGGUGGUUCUGAAGAACGAAACUCGUGUCGAAAUAACCAGCGCAACAGAGUUGGAGAAGCUUGUUGAACAGAGCUUGACAAGGCGCGUUGUUGCGCAGACACGCAUGAACGAGGCGAACUCGCGCUCGCACGUGGUUCUAUGCCUCAACAUUGCGACACGCGAUGAGCAGACGGGCGAAAUUGCCAUCAGCAAGCUUUCAUUUGUGGACCUUGCUGGUUCGGAGAAGCAAAGCCAGACGGAGGCGGAGGGCAUGCGGUUGGCUGAGUCAAACGCGAUCAACUUGGGUCUUCUAACCCUCCACAAAGUGAUUCGAGCAUUGAACGAGAAGACCCUCCCCCCGUAUCGCGAGGACAAGCUCACGAUGGUGUUGGCGGACUCCUUGGGUGGCAACUCCAAGACCCUCAUGAUUGCUAAUGUCUCUCCUUCGGAUCAGCACUUGGAUGAGACGAAGAGCUCGCUGAGGCAGCGAGUUAGGUGCACAAUGGUGUUCUCUCUUCCUCCCCCGUCUCAUCAACCUUUCCUUCCCCACUCCAUCCUCUCCUCCUCCCUCUUAGCGCGCCUUCUUCCCCCCUCCGUCCUCUCCUCCUUUCCCCUCUUAGCGCACCUACUUCCCCCUUCCGUCCUCUCCUCCUUCACCCUCUCGUCACCCUUCCUUCCCCCAUCUGCCAACUCCUCCUUCCCCUUCUCAUCACCCUUCCUAACCCCUCUGUCCUCUCCUCCUCCCCUCUCUCAUCAACCUUCCGUCCCCCCUCCGUCCUCUCCUCCUCCCCCUCUUAGCGCGCCUUCUUCCCCCCUCCUUCCUCUCCUCCUCCUUCCUCUCAUCAUCCUCCCUUUACACCUCCGUCCUCUCCUCCUUCCCCCUCUCAUUACCCUUCCUUCCCCCCUCUGUCCUCUCCUUCCCCCUCUCAUCAACCUUCCUUCCCCCCUCUGUCCUAUCCUCCUUCCCCCUCUCAUCACCCUUCCUUCCCCAAUCUGUCCUCUCCUCCUUCCCUCUCUCACCACCCUUCCUUCCCCCAUCUGUCCUCUCCUCCUUCCCCCUCUCAUCACCCAUCCUUCCCCCAUCUGCGCUCUCCUCCUCCCCCCUCUCAUCACCCUUCCUUCCCCCCUUCCGUCCUCUCCUCCUCCCCCCUCUUAUCAACCUUCCUUCCCCCUUCCGUCCUCUCCUCCUCCCCCCUCUCAUCAACCUUCCUUCCCCCCUCCGUCCUCUCCUCCUUCCCCCUCCCUCCUUUCCAAGGGAGGCAGCGAGAAGGUAAAAAAUAAGCCGAGCAAGAACGCGGUAGCGCCAACACCAUCGAGGAACGCGGCAGCGCCAACACCGUCGAGGAAUGCGGCAUCGUCAGCGCGGAAGCGUCAACGCGGAAGUAACGACACAUCCUGA